UAAAAAUGUCCAUUGUCUUUAAAUUUGGACGCUGGUGAAAAAAUCUUUUCACUCCAUUUCCCUUUUGCUUCCCCGUGACUCUGCCUCUGUAUUACAACAUAUUGAAAGGGAAUAAAUUGCCAAUUGGAAAUGAACGUGGGCCUUUCACUACAUACACACGUAACAAAGCUAGAUUUCACUUCGUAGAGCUGUAUGUGUGCCCGCGGGUACAUUAAACUUUUUUCUCCGAUGAUUCGCCAGGAAAACCGACGGUCAGUCAGUGGGCUAUGGCUUCCCGCCUCCGGACAGAACCUUCUUGUUUUUGGCAAUUAGGGCCUUCAUAGUUAGGCCUGAUCAGCCCUAAGGGGGACGUGUUCCCACUCUCCUAGUCUUUCGGCAUUCACAAGGGCCUCCCCGUGAGCUGCCGCCCGGCGGACAAGGCAGCCCCGAGCUAAGCUGGGGGACGUGGGAAAGCGCAGGCUGCAUUUGGAGCCAAGAGCCGAGUUCUAAUUCUGACUCCGGCACUAACUGUGCAACCUUGGGGAAGAUGCUUCCCUUUUCUGAGUCUCAGGUUCCUUCUUUGCAUAAAGAGGGGGACCGUCUAGAUGACCUCUAGUUGUCCCGUGAUGGAAGCCCCUGAACAGCCGCUCGCACCCCGGUCAAGCUGGGGAGGGCGCGCCCGGAGGCCUCUGGGAAAUGGAGGAGUGAAGCGCGGAGGAUUCUGGGCAUCGUAGUUCGCGGGCCCGUCUGCGCAGGCGUGCUUUCUCAGUAAGAUGGAGCGUCGGUUGCCUUUGUUGGCUCGAAGCCGGCUCCGCUCGCUCGGAAGGUCAAGUUAUUGGUGACAUACUAUGAUGGAUGGAGAAGAAAGAAACUGGAACUUGUGACUGGGACACCAGGUCUUGAGGCUUUACUCCAGAGGAGUAAAUUUCUGAAAAAGAUCAUUUCAGAUGGUAGUGAUGGAAUCACAAGAUAGUUCCUCAGACUCCAAGUUAAGAGAAAGCCAGGAAUGUGGUGCUUGGUUAAAGAAUCAAUUGGUAAAUGAGGAGAGACAUCAGUGGCAAGCCCCUCACAAUGAGACUCCUAGAGAAAGAGGUCAUGAAUGUAAUGAGUUUGGAAGAAAACAUAGUCUAAAGUCAACCUUAGUUACACCACAGAAAGUUCCUGUAGAAAAAGCAUUACAUAAAUAUAAUAUACAUGAAAAGAACUUCAAACAGUCUUUAGAUAUAAUUAAAAAUCAGGGAGAUACAGAGAAGAAAACAUAUAAAUGUAAUGAAUGUGAAAAAGUUUACAGUGACCACUCAACCCUUACUCAGCAUUAUAUCAUUCAUACUGGAGAGAGACCUUACAAAUGUAAUGAUUGUGGAAAAGCAUUCAGUCGGAGUUCGUCCCUUAAUAAGCAUCAGAGGAUACAUACUGGAGAAAAACCGUAUGAGUGUAGUGAAUGUGGGAAAGCCUUCCUUCAGAGCACCCACUUUAUUCAACAUCAGAGAAUUCAUACGGGAGAGAAACCUUACGCAUGUAAUGAGUGUGGGAAAUCCUUCAGUCAAAGUUCUUACCUCAACCAACACCAGAGAAUUCAUACUGGGGAGAAACCCUACGAAUGUAAUGAUUGUGGGAAAACGUUCAGCCGGAGUGCUCACCUCAGUCAGCAUCAGAGAAUUCAUACUGGAGAGAAACCGUUCAAAUGUGAUGAAUGUGGGAGAGCCUUUAGCCGCAACUCUUCCCUUUUUGAACACCAGAAAAUUCACACUGGAGAGAAACCCUAUGAGUGCAGUGAAUGUGGGAAGGCCUUCAGCCAGAGCACACUCCUUACACAACAUCACAGAAUUCAUACUAAUGAUAAAUUCUAUAAAUGUAGUGAAUGCGGGAGAGCCUUCAACCGCAGUUCCUGCCUUUCUAAGCACCAGAGAAUCCACACUGGAGAGAAACCUUAUAAUUGUAAUGAAUGUGGGAAAGCUUUUAGCCAAAGCUCAUGCCUUUCUAAACAUCAGAGAAUUCAUACUGGCGAGAAACCCUAUGGGUGCGCUAUCUGUGGGAAAGCCUUUAGUCAGAGCACACACCUUACUGAACAUCAGCUUAUUCACACUGGAGAAAAACCUUACGAAUGUAUUAAAUGUGGGAAAAUGUUUAGUCGUAAAUCAUCUCUCCUUGAACAUCAGUUUAUUCACACUGGAGAGAAACCUUAUGAAUGCAUCAAAUGUGGAAAAACCUUUAGCCGAAAAUCAUCCUUAUUGAACAUCAGUUUAUUCAUACUGGAGAGAAACCCUAUAAAUGUAAUGAAUGUGGGAAAACCUUUAGCCAGAGGUCUUGCCUUUCUAAACAUCAGAGAAGUCACACCGAAGUAAAGCACUGUGAAUUUAAUAAUUCAUGAAAUCAUUGAUGUGUAGUAAAAAUCUCAUAGGAUUUCAGAUAAUUUGUACUUGAGAAGAAUAUUGGCAAUCCAGUGAUUGUGGGGAAGACUCAGUUAGAUUCAUCAUUUUCCUAAUCCCUGAGAGUCCAAGUAGCACAAUUUGUUAAUGACUGUGAUGUUGUAUAGGCAUUUGAAAAAAAGAUUAAAAUGCUUCUAUAAAACAUUAGUUGUCAUUUCAUGGUUAGUCAUUUAAAUCUGAAAUAUUAAACACAUUCAAAUUUCUGUCCAAAA